AUGGCCCGAGGGAACACAAUACAAUCCAAAGUUUUCUACAAAGGACAGACUGAAGACUUUGUCAUCCUGGUUGAAGAUCCUACUGCUGUGAAGGAAUGGAGAAAGGAUCAUUCUAUUCCAUUAGCGCAGGUGCUCGACGGGUGGAAGAUAUUCACUGCUCAACAUGGACCUCAAGGGAUUCAUAAUGAAGCCAGCAAUGCCACACUUGAGAACGAGUUCGGAACAUCCAAUGAUGACGAAGCUAUCUUGAAAAUAUUGGACCAAGGCGAAAUUCAGGAGAACAUCGUUCGUAAAUCCCUCUCACCCUAA